UUGAAGAAAGAUGGGCCAAUUGUAACGCCUGUCUUUUAUAAAACCGGACGAAGGUGUCGGGGGAAGAAAGAGUACUCGCCGGAGCUAUGAUGGAUUCUUCUUCUGCUUCCUCUGCCGGAGUUACAGGCUUAACUAGCGAUGAUAGUCGCUCCUACAGCUCCGGCGGGAUUCCCUUCAUCUCGUCCUGGACCACCGCCGUCUCCCAGCGAUACCAGUACUACCUCGACAAGGCGACACCGUUUGUGCUCCGGCGAUGGCUCUCCUUUGGCGUGGUGGCGCUCAUCUACCUCAUCCGAGUCGUUGUUCUUGAGGGAUUCUACAUUGUUUCUUACGGCCUAGGCAUCUACGUUCUCAACCUGUUCAUUGCCUUCCUGUCGCCCCAGGUGGAUCCCGAGAUGCAGCAGCUCUUAGAUGGCGAUGGGCCUUCGCUGCCGACCCGAGCUUCUGAUGAGUUCCGUCCUUUCGUUCGUCGGCUUCCGGAAUUCAAGUUCUGGUGCGAG